AUUUAAAUAUGAUUUUAUUUAUACAUAAAUAAAAUCAUGCCCUUGUUUAAUUUUUAUUUACUUUUAUUCAAUUUAAAUUUUAAAAGUAAAUAUAUAAGUUACGCAAUGAAAUAAAUAUAUUAGUAUUGAAAAAGGUUAAAUGGCUAAUUAGGGAUGAAAUCGAAACUCCUCCGACCUUAAGAGAUAGAUCAGAGCAUCAUCACUAAAUUGGAAAAAAAAAAUCGGAAACUACCAACGUUUUGCUAGUAUCAGCAAAACAAAAAUAUCCAUAGCUUUCUAGUGUUGUUUACUCUUUAUUUUUUAAGCACGGCGGGCUAAGUUUAACUCCAUUUGUUUUAAUUUAAUUUAGAAAGAAAUAGUAAAAAGUGCGCAAUUUAUUGAAAAAUAUUUAAAUAAUUCUUUUUUACUAUUAAAAAUGUUUAUAUAUUAUAAGAACAAAAAAAAAAAAAAAAGUAGACAGUUCAUUAGAAUUUUGAAUAAAAAUGUAUGUUUACUAUUAAAAAAGUGUCCCUAAUAAUAAAAAAAAUAUGUCUAAGAAUUUUUGAAUAAAAAAAAAAUUUUGCGAGGGCUUAUAUUAAUUUUUCGUUUAAGGUAUUCAGUCAAUCUCUGAUAAGCAGCUAGUGAAUCUGUGAUGCGCCCUCUCCUCCCAACUGAUCUUAUUAGAAAUUAACAAGAAAGAAAGGAAGAAAUGAGCUUUCAAGAUGUGCAGAGUGGCGGAGGAGGAAGGGGAAGGAAGGCAUCGGCGUCUCCGCCUCAAGCGGUGGCUGCGGGCAUAUUCCAGAUCAACACUGCCGUUGGCACUUUCCGUAGAAUGGUCGAUGCCAUCGGGACUGCCAAGGACACUUCCGAUCACCGCCAGAAGCUGCACAACACGAGGCAACGCAUACUUGAGCUGGUAAAAGAAACGUCUGCCAAGCUCAAAUCCCUCACCCAAUCUGAUCGCCAAUCCAAUGUCAAUCCGAGUAAGCAGAUCGAAGAUGCUAAGCUUGCAAGAGAUUUCCAGACCACAUUGCAAGAAUUUCAGAAAGUUCAACAGCUCGCCUCUGAGCGCGAGUCUACUUACAUGCCUUCCUUGCCAACUUCUGCGGCUUCCGCUUCUGCCUCCGGGGAAUAUCUGGAGCCUAGCAGUAGCAGCACCAGGGAUCAGCACCGCCAACCUUUCCUUCAGGACCAAAAGAGGCAGGAAUUACUUUUGCUUGAUAAUGAGGUUGCUUUCAAUGAGGCCAUCAUUGAGGAGAGGGAACAGGGUAUUCGAGACAUAGAAGCACAAAUCGGGGAAGCUAGUGAAAUUUUCAAGGACCUUGCUGUUCUCGUUCAUGAGCAGGGUGUGGUCAUUGAUGACAUUCAAUCAAACAUUGACAACUCUUCCUCUGCAACAACCCAAGCUAGAGUUCAGCUAGCUAAGGCUUCCAAAGGAGUUAAAUUCAGAUGCUCAUGGCUCCCUUCCAGGAAAGGAGACGAUGAGAAUACGAAUGGGAAAGAAGGAAAAGGUGAGUAUGGUGAAGAUUACGAUUCUGUUGGUGAAGAUUACGAUUCUGUGCUCUUAUAAUAUCGAUGUCUAUUUUCUGAAAUGUAAAUAUUGGAAACCAACGAUGACACUGACCAAGAUUAGGAAGGAUUAUGAUGAUCUAUCUGUGCUCUUAGAUCCAGGUGACAAAGCUUUUCCAGCAAUGAGUUUUUGGUUGGAAAAAAAAAAAAAAAAACGAUUUUGAAGGGUUAUGUUAUAUGCCCCAUUUCCCUUCCCAGAAUUUACAUGAUUGAUUUUAGAGACAUCGAUAUGCCAAUGAGAUACUAAUGUCAUUGAGAUGCUGUUGAGAUUUUGCGAGAUGCCACUAAGAGAGUGUUGAUAUGACGUUGAGAUACCGUCGUCAAGAGAGCGUCGAGAGGCCUUCGCCUUUGUGGUUCUGUAGAGAUGCCAUCAAGAGGCGUUGAGACUGACUUAGAGAAUUAAAAUGACUCAAAAUCUCUCUGAAUUCACACAAUGAAAAAUUCGUCACUUUCACAAAUGAAUUUUUAUAGCUUGGAUAUGUUUUUUCAGCCAUAUUUUAGCUUGUAUGUUGAAUAGCGGCAAAUUUAACUCCAUCCGAAGUAGUUUAGGCCGGGAGAGGAUUCGAACACAUCGCCGCACCUUGGGUGGCUGCUUUCUCUCACUUUGCCUGUCAAACAGGCGGACGGAUCAGGCGUGGAGUAAUUCUUUUCUAUUUCUAGUGAUCGUUUGGUGGGCCCAACAACUAGCGUGCGUCCGCAACACUUAUACGAUGCCGUUUCCUAAAGAUUAUUGACUUUGUCGUAUGGAUGCCAGGCUCGGGCGGCCAUUAGAAGAAAUAUAGAUAAUAAGAAAUCAGACCGGCCCAAGGGGGUUGAAGCAAUUCUUGACUGAGCAAACACAAAAUAAGUAAAUGGCAAUGCCCAUGUAAAAGUAAAGUGGCCCGGCCCCCAAACACAAAACAAUUUCAAGCGCAACUGUCUUGAGAAUUGAGAUGGUAGUGUGAAUUGGGCAGGAGAGUUUGCAGAGGUUAUGUGAAUCAUCUUCAGCGGUCACCGGCUUCUAUUUCCAUAGUCUUCCGAGGAUCUGAGUAAUUAGGAGGAUCAUCUGAUUACGAUCUGAUUGGGAUCGGAGCGGAGGUCGAACGAUGACCCCUUGUGUUUAGCCUUUGGUCUGCCUCCACCUCGUUUUUUAUUUAUUAAUUUCAUUGCGAGUGUUUUUUUAUUUAUUCGAAAACAAGUAAUCGAUUCGGGACUCAAAAUUCCGAAACUCAAAACUCAGAGAGAGAGAGAGAGAGAUUGAAGCAGCAUCAGAGGAACGAGAGAGAGAGACAGAGAAAUGGCAGCCCUAGUGUACCAGAUAUUGUCUUCCUCCGCCCUGGUAUCACUGGGACUCUACCACAUGGUGGCCACCACCCGCAACCACCUCAAAUCUCCACAGUCCUACGCCGCCAAGCCCUACCACCCCUUCCCCCUCUCCUCUUCCUCUUCCAACCUUAAUGCUCCUCAUCAUCGUCUCAGGUAUCUCCAGCUCUAUGCCAUCAUCGCCUGCCUAUUGGUCGCCGUCGUCCACCAGACCCUCACCUCCUUCGACGCCGACCCACUCCUCAAGGGCCGAACACCCGUACACCGAUUCACGUCCCUGCAGUCCGCGGCCUCUCUCUUCCUCUUUCUGCUGCUCACGCUGGCUCUCCUGCUUUCCGAGUGGGCCCCAUCGGUUCUUCCGCUGCCCUCGGAUCUGGUGUUCGGGCUGGCCGCGGCCCUCUUCUACCUGCAGUCGCUGAUGUCGUGGGGUGCGGCGUCGGUGCAGAUGUCGGAUCUGCAGGCUAAGUGCGACUCGGUUUCCGGUCGGAUCACGGCGGUGGCGUCGGGGCUGUGCGUGGUUCUGGCGUGCCAGCCGAGGGUGUUCGUAGCGGAUGUGGGGUUAGGGGCGGUCAUGUGCCUGCAGGGGCUGUGGGUAUUGCAGACGGGGCUGUCGCUGUACGUGGAGGCGUUCAUCCCGGAGGGGUGCCACAAGCUCCUGGACGUGGUGAUCGGGGUGGAGGGUUCCACCAAGUGCGACCUGGACGAGUCCCGGUACAGGGCGGUGGCCAUUCUGGAUCUGGUGUUCUUGGUGCACGUCAUGUUCGUCCUGCUCAUUGUCAUGGUCACCUACGCCGUCGUUGCCAAGUUUGUUGGAAUCCGAAGAUUAGGUUCAUAUGAGGUAUUGCCCAACGCCGCUCCCUCCUCCGACCACAACAACCACAUUCAGAUGAAAGCCUUGAGCGGCACUCAGGCUUAGUUAGCAUCCACACCCACACCUCAUUGUCGUCCAGGAGAAUCACCGGGUUGCAUGUUUAGACUUUAGAGACAAAGUGCCUAAGUCCGAGCUUAUGAAAACAGACUCAGAGUGUGGGUGGGGGUGGCAAUGUGGCCAUGCAAGAUUCGAAAGCUCUUCACUAACAUCUUCAUGAAAGACAGAAAACUGGUAUGCAAUGGGUUUAUUAGUUUACUUCUUAACUGAUGUAACUGACAUGUAAGAUCUGUUACCAUAUGCGGGGUAGAUUUUGCGGUUAGUGAAGGUACCCAAAUAUGUGCAUUUCACUGCAAAGCAAUCUCUUGUUGGUAGAUAUUUUGAAUUGGAAACUGUUUAGUUCUUUGUCAUAUGGUAUAAUCUUCAGGUGCCUUGUAAGUGAGGAGUUUCAACACGCGUUUGGAACUUUAGAUACUCUUCACCUUGGAAAUAGAUUCAAGUGGUUGUUCCAUUUGGUUUCAUGUUUUUGUACAUCUUUCUAUAUUUAUUUUGGCAGUGCUUUGUGUGUC